CCGGAAGUCCAGACCGGACCUGAUGUAAGGCGAGGCCCAGGCACCUGCAGCCUGAGUGGGUGCCAGCCCCAUGGCUUGGAGGAGCGACCUGCCGUUUUCUGGGAGAACUUGUGGCAGCAAAGCUUUGUUGGGCUACAGCCAGGCGCAGCGUUCGGCUCCCCUCGGAAGGAGUUUCACAGCCCUCUGGGGAGCCAGGAGCGGCCAAGGCUUCACGCAGUGCGUUACUACAGGCCUUAAAACAGCGAGGGUGAACUUGGCAGACACCAAAUCGUUUCGAGGCACAGUGGGUGCUCCACAUUCUCUCCAGCCAGCUUUCCUUGCUCAGAUUUCAGAAGCAGCCAUGGCCGCAGUGCCCGAACCAGCCAGUGAGAUGAUGGACUACUUCAGUGGCAACGAGGAUGACCUUUUCUUUGAGGUGGAUGGACCCAAACAGACAAAGCCCUGGUUCCAAGACCUGGAUCUCUGUCACCUGGGGGCUGGAGGCGUCCGGCUCCAGUUCUCCCACGAGGCCAACAGCAGGAGCCUCCGGCAGGUCGUGUCCGUCGUCGUGGCCCUGGAGAAGCUGAAGGAGGUGCUGGUUCCCUGCGUGCCGGCCUUCCAGGACCGGGACCUCACUGCUCUCCUCAGCUGCAUCUUUGAAGAAGAGCCCAUCAGCACGUGGGGUGACGCGUACGUGUGCGACGCGCCCCUCCGGUCCCUGAACUGCCGGCUCCGGGACAUAGAGCAGAAGUGCCUGGUGCUGUCGGGCCCGAGCGAGCUGCGGGCGCUGCACCUCAACGGGGACAACGUCAACCGCCAAGUGCUGUUCUGCAUGAGCUUUGUGCAAGGAGAAGCGAGUGGCGAGAAGAUACCUGUGGCCUUGGGCAUCAAGGAAAAGAACCUGUACCUGUCCUGCGUGAUGAGGGACGGCAAGCCCACCCUGCAGCUGGAGACAGUAGAUCCCAAAAAUUACCCGAAAAAGAAGAUGGAAAAGCGAUUCGUCUUCAACAAGCUGGAGAUCAGGGACAAGGUGGAGUUCGAGUCUGCCGAGUUCCCCAGCUGGUACAUCAGCACCUCUCAGGAGGAGGAGGCCCCCGUCUUCCUGGGCAGCACCAAGGGCGGCCGCGACAUUGUGGACUUCACCAUGGAGGUCGUCUCGCCCUAGCACGCAGGGGCGGCGCCCGCCUGGGCUGGCAGCGGGGCCCGGAGCUCGGUGCGGCCUGUGCCUCACACGGUCCAGCUCCGUCACCGUCCCCGCCCCGGGCCCAGCCCGAAGCCGCCGACAGCAGCGAUUGCACAUCCGAUUCCAAGAAACCCUCUGCCCUGUGCCCUAGCUGCUGGAGAGUGUCCACUCAACUAUUUAUUUAUUUAUUGAAUGGGGAGUCUAGAGGCAGCAGCGUCUGUCUGUGAAGGAGCCCAGUCUUCAGCACCCACAGAACCGAUCUAGUCUGGACUACACGCAGCCUUUAUUUAAAGCCCUUUUACUGAGGCUGAAACUAUAAGCUCAGGUUAUUUAAAUGGGGAUAUUUAUGAAUGGGGACAUACUAUCACACUGCUUCAAUGGUUCUGAAAUAAAUUUCAAUGAAAACUAA